AUGCAUCCUCCUGCACUCCCUCUCAAAACCCGCCUCACCCCCCUGGCCUUUCAAUUGCAAGCCCGCCAUCGAGCAGCAGCAGCAGCAGCACUUGGAUCCUCCAUCCCAAGCAACAGAACAUUCUCCACCAGUCCAAGACACAAUAAUCAAGAUGAAAAGAUCCCUUCCAAUCUCCAAACCUCCCAACCCUCACGAACAAAACCCCUAACAGCCGCCCAAAAGAAAUACCUCGACGCAGCACUCCGAGUCAACCACGCCGGGGAAUUGGCAGCAACAUUAAUCUACACCUCCCAAACCCCUCCCAUCACCAAAGCCCACCCACAUCUCCGCCCACUGAUGAAGCACAUGUACGAUCAAGAAGCCGGCCAUUUCACCAAAUUCAACGCCCUCCUCGCCAAACAUCGCAUUCGUCCCACGGCCAUGUAUCCCGUCUGGCACGCGGCGGCCACGGCUUUGGGGUGGGCGACGGGCGCCAUGGGGAGGGAAGCCGCGAUGGCGUGUACGGAAGCCGUGGAGACGGAGAUUGGAGGGCAUUAUAAUGAGCAGGUCCGAGAGUUGUUGGCGUGGGCGAGGGAUUGUGAGGCACGGGGAGAGGAGCUGGGAGAGGAAUUGAGGGUGUUGAUUGGGGAUAUUCGGAGGAUUCGGGAUGAGGAGUUGGAGCAUUUGGAUCAUGCGGUGGAGAAUGAUGCCAAAGAGGCCAAACCGUAUGAGUUGUUGACGGGUGUCAUCCGGGCGGGUUGCAGAGGUGCCAUUUGGGUCAGCGAGAAGGUGUAG